UAAUCACUGCCAGUAUCUCAGGACAGCCAUGGUCAACGUGUGUAGAUAACCUGACUCGUGUACUGCCGUCCACCUUCUCUUCACAUACAUAGCGGGGAUAAGACGUAGGAGUCUGAGGAUAAGAAGAUGAAACUCGUCGGCUUGUUUUUGUUGUGUACACAGCUGUCUGUCUGGGCAAUAGACAAUCCUUCCAAUCAUAUGGAAACAGGUUCCUGUGAAGAAUAUGGACUUAUUGCUGACUUGGCCCUGCGUCAAAUCAAUGCUGACAGGAAAGAAGGCUAUAUAUUCAGCUUAUACCGACUCUCCAAUGUCAACCUAAUGCACCAGCGAUCUCAGGGGAUUGUUUAUUACCUGACGAUAGACGUUCUGGAAACAGAAUGCCAUGUUCUCAGCAAGAAGGAGUGGAAGAGCUGCAACGAAAGACCAGAACAUGAGUCUGUCUAUGGGCACUGUCUGGCAACAAUUUACAUUAACCGGAUUCGAAAAAUAGAUAAGCUGUACAGCUACAACUGCACCAUGAGGCCAGUUCCAGCUGAAAAAAUUGUGAAUAGAUGCCCUGACUGUCCAAUAUUACACACCGUCGACUCUGGUAUAAUAACAACAGCAGAUUUGCUCCUUAAUAAGUAUAACAAUGAAAAUGGAAAUGCAAACUAUUUUGGCGUUUUGAAUGUAACAAGAGCAUCUGUGCAGUGGAAUUUUGGUACAUCCUACUCUAUGCAAUUCACCAUCCAGGAAACUGUUUGCACCAAAGCAAUGUCACAUGUCAAGGUUUCCCAAUGUGAAUUCAUGAGCUGCAAAUUUGCUCACAAAGGUCAUUGCAAAGGAUCAUAUAGGAAUGGCCCAGAAGUUCAUAUGGAUAUAUCUUGUGAAGUUUUUGAACCAGAGGCCUCAAAACCUGAAGAACACCCACGCCUGCUUGGUGGAGAGCCUCACCACAAACGCCAACAAAAUCACCUGCAUAUCCAUGAGCACCAUCACCAUGGCGAUGAUGACUCCUGUCAGCCUCAGAAGGCCAUCCCAAUGGGAACUGUGCAGUUGCUCCCAGCUAUUGACCAGUCAUCGCUGGCAUCCCUAUUGGAUCUUCCAGUUGUUUCAGAACAAGUGAGGCCAGUUCUUCUGCCCAUUAUUCCUGGUGAAGCAGCAGAUGAGCAAAAGGAUUCCGGUGCAGGGGGGGAGAGUGACUUGGUCAUCUUUCCUUUCCCUGAAACCAUUUCAGAAGAGUGUCCUGGGCAGCCGAAAAACCAAGUGGACUUCAUUCAGUCCCUGUUUACAGAGGAUCCAGAUCUCCGGCACCCUGUUGAUAUUCUUGGGUGACUUUUCUUAAAGUGAUAAUAUUAUCCUAUUUCCUGAAAUAGGUUUUUAAUUUGCUUUAAAUGUUUAAUAUUUCUUGUCUUGGAAAAACCAAGAAAGUGUCUGAAAUAAAUAUUGUAUAUUCUCGAA